AUGGAUACCAAACCGGCUGGCACCAAUGUCGAGGCCAAUGCCGACACGACCUCGGGCUUCGUGAAGAAGGAGUCGUUUGGCUCGAAAGCGAAGCGCCACUGCGCGAAGUUUUGGUGGUUGUGGCUCAUCAUCUUUGCCAUAAUCGUCCUCAUUGUUGUGCUGCCUAUCAUUUACGUAGGCGUGCCGCACAAAGGACAGAAGGAGGUGAACAAGGCCGAUAUCGAAGUGACAUACCAAGGGAUCAGCGACCCUCAGCCUAAUUCCUUCCACCUUGUGUUGAACAACGAGGUCACAAGCACCAGCAGCUACCAUCCUACCUUGUCCUCGUUCAACGCUUCGCUCUUCUUGGAAGAUACGUUGCCCGACAUCAAACCAUUCGGCUACAUCACCAUUCCGAGCGUCAAGUCAGAAAGCGAAGUCCAAGUAGACGUUGAGCAAGAUGUCGAGGUUGUCGACAUGGACCAGUUUAUCGCCUACAACAAGCUAGUCAUCAGCAGCGAAGAGUUCAGGCUUGCUGUGCGCGGCCGGCCGUCUGUCAAGCUCGAUGGCUUGCCUUCAUUUGAUGUCGAUUACAACAAAGUUAUCACGAUGAAAGGUCUGAACAAACUUUCUGGCCUGGCCAUCACCUCCGCCGACAUCAAGACGAAGCCCGAGCCCGAUGGCGCGACGCUUCUCGGCACGCUCUUCAUCCCCAAUCCGUCGGUGCUCGGCGUGGCCAUGGGUAACGUGACCAUGAACCUGUCCGUCAACGGAACUUACAUCGGAUACACGCUCAUCCCGGACCUGAACCUCGUGCCCGGCAACAACACGUUCGACAUGCGCUCAUAUGUCAAUACGUCACUCGUCCUUGGGCUUAUCACGAAGCAGUACAGCGAUUUCGUGCUCCCGCUCGACAUUAUCGGCAACAGCAGCAUCAACUCGGCCGGCGAGCACAUUCCCUGGCUGGAGGCGGCGAUCAAGGAGAACACGAUCCGCUACGACCUCGAUCUUUCAGCUGCCCUGAGUGGCGGCAGCUCAUAA